AUGAACACCUCAGAAUCUACUGAUGGCUUCUCUGCUGCUACCCCUGCAACAGCCUCUCCCACUGUAGCUGCGGUCUCACUGAAACUGCCCCCAUACUGGCCAGUAGACCCUCAGAUAUGGUUUGCCCAGGUAGAAUCACAGUUGAAAACCCGCAAUGUCACAUCCAAAAUGACCAUGUAUGACUAUGUUGUCAGUUCUAUCUCUCCAGACAUUGCUACCGAAGUUCGAGAUAUAGUCCUCAAAACUUUGGGUGCAGAUCAAUACGACACACUCAAAGCUGCUCUAAUUAAAAGAACAGCUGCUUCUGAGCAGCAUUGUUUACAGCAACUGGUGACUGGUCAAGAACUUGGGGAUAGGAAGCCAUCACAGCUCCUACGUCGAAUGGAGCAGUUGUUACAAGAUUAA